AUGGCUUCCGGUAGAGCAUUUGUAGCUUGCAGAAGAGUUUCAUCGUUAUUUCGGAAAACCAGCCUGUAUAACUCCUUCAGUGUUAAAUGCAAUCCUUCACUAUUGCAAAUUCUUUCUGUAAGUCCUUCCUAUCAGUUACAAUGUGGAAUAAGCACAACUGAUCAACAACAAACAAAUGAAGAAGACGAUCUCUACAGUAAAAUCAUGGUGGAGGUCAAAGGCCAUGAACGCAAGGUUCUUGACAGUUACUACUGGUAUCUGAAACAGACAGCAUUUCAUUUAGACCUUGGUCCCCAUGACACAUAUGUUCAAAGAAAACCCACCUUUGAUAAAUUGACCUUAAAUAAGUCAGUGCAUAUCUUCAAGAAGCACCGAGUGCAGUAUGAAGCUAGAACACAUGUUAGAACAUUUAUUUAUUAUAACCUCACCGGGUCAACAGCCAGAACAUUUUUAGAAUACAUACAGAGAAACCUGCCAGAGGGUGUCGCCAUGAAAAUUACAAAGUUCAAAAUGGAGAGGCUACCAGAACAUUUACAGAAAGACGCUGUUAUCAAGCUAGAAGAGAUGGCUGAAGCUGUGAAUCUUCCUAUUGAAAAAAGUACUCACAAGGAAAAAGUUCCCAUUUCACAUGUCCUAAAUCCUAAAAUUCAUCGCGGAGGAAUUCCAAAUCACCUUUUAAGCACAAUAUUAAUGAAGAAACAGGACUUACCAGAUGUUGCACAAGAACAUGCGAAAGUAACGGUUGCAAAGAAAGAACAUUUAGAAGUUGAACCAGCCAGGGAGAAACAUACAAAAGUACAGGCAUCUGAACUAGAAAACAGAGAAAUCAUACAAUCUGUACCAGAACAUAAAGAGGUGAUUUCAUCUGAACCUGAACACAAAGAGGUGAUAUCGUCUGAACCUGAACACAAAGAGGUGAUAUCGUCUGAACCUGAACACAAAGAGAUGAUAUCAUCUGAACCUGAACACAAAGAGGUGAUAUCAUCUGAACCUGAACACAAAGAGAUGGUAAAAUCUGAACCUGAUCGUAAGGAGAUGGUAUCCUCUAAAUCAGAACCAGAAAAUGUUCAAUCUGUGAAAAAGGGACAAACAGAAUUAAGGGAAGUACAAGAGUCAACAGGGAUGUCUGACAGCUCUGUCAAGAAGGCUGAAGCAGAAAAAGAACCGUCAUCUUCUGACAGUGAGAGUUCUGAUGACAGUGACAGUUCUGAUAGUGACAGCGAUGAUAAUGACAGUGAUGAUAAAAAGGGAGAUGAAAGCGAUGAAGGUCUCAGUGAUAACCAAGGAAGUUUAUCUGAAGAGAGCAAAGAUGAAAAAGACCCAAAUAAAAAAUAAUUUUAACAACUCUAAAUAUGCUGGAUUUAGUGUGAAUUUUUGUUACAUUGAGUAUGAAUGAAUAUUAUUGAAAUUGUAAAUUUGUUUCAAUAUAUAGGUAUAAUAAAGAUGUUACAUAAAUGGAA